AUGGAUGUCAAUGAUGACGACGUAGAAAUUAUGUCCCAUGCCUUUGCAUUGGCCGAACAAGCAUAUGAAAAUCUCGAGGUCCCUAUUGGGUGUGUUAUAGUAUGUCCUGUAGCCAAAUUUCCUUCCUUAUUACCGUCCAACGGAAGGACCUUGGAGGCAGUAUGCAAAAACACCCUUCUUAUCAUUGGAGCAGGCAGAAACAACACCAUGGCAUCAUGUAACGCCACUCGCCAUGCAGAAAUUGAGGCUAUUGAUCAAAUUACAAAAAGCUUCUGUGACACCAUACCGUGGCACCAAUGCUCUCUAUAUGUGACCGUUGAGCCUUGUAUUAUGUGCAUUGCUGCAUUGACCGAUUUGGGUAAAUUUUGCCGACCUAACUCUUUAUGCUUAGGGAUUAAAGAAAUCAUAUUUGGAUGCCAUAAUGACCGAUUUGGAGGGUGUGGUUCUGCCAUGAAGCUACCAUCGAGUUAUUCGGACAACCCCCCAAUUACCAUCAGACACGGGGUCUCAGCAAAGGAAGCCAUAACACUUCUUCGCCGAUUCUACAUCAGGGAAAACAAAAGCGCCCCGAAACCAAGAAAAAAAGACAAUAGAACACUUAAGGACUGCUUCUAA